AUGGCUUCGGGAGCAAUGUCUGCCGUUGAUAUUGCAAGAGAGGCAAGACGUCAAAAGGCAAACAGAUACUGGGACACCACAUCUCAGUUCCUGCCCGCAAAUCUCCGCGCCAAAAAGGUCACCGCCUACACCGAGCUAGCAAAAAAGUACAGCCACCCCAUCGGACAAUGGUAUCCAAUAUCAGACCACCGCAUCCUCCGCAACACGGGCAAAAGCGGCAUAACCCCCCUCCCACGUCUCGACCCAGAAGAAAUGAUAACAGACACAGUGCAAGCCGAACGUGAAAAGCGCGAGGAACUUGAGAUUUACCAACGAAGACGGCUCAAUGGCUUUACGCCUGCGGAAUUGCAUGAUAUGGAGGCAUUGGCGGCGUUGAUUGAUGAGCCUAUGAGGAAUAAUUUGGAGAAUGAUGUGCAUCCGAUUUUUGAGCGGAGGUGGUGGAUGGAGGAGAAGGAUUUGCCGAAACAUCAAGGGUUGAUCCCUUUGCUGGGUGAUUAUGAGGGGUUUUGGGUUGGAUCAAAUGACAUGGUCUGGGCUGUGAUGGAACCAUGUCUGAGAUUGGCCACUGUUAUGCUUACUUGCUCAUCGACAUAUCCGUGGUUAGAUGCUAUUUUCAAAGGUCCACUCACACGCACUCCCGGCGAAGGAGGAAAAGACGACGUUUGGAGCGUCAACGAGAGAACACCCGCUGAGAGGAACACCGAUGCCGAAUAUCAAGAUCUCCAGGAACAGCUCAUAGCAUGCGCAGGACGAAUAAGAUUUACAUUCCAGAACUCCCAUACGCACUGGGUCAGUAGCAUAGAGCAACUCUCAGGUAUCUUGGGCUUGACGAUGACCGGGAGAAACUGGAUGCCUGAAAUUGUAGUGGCGUUUUCUGUUGAACCGAUACAGGUGCUUCUGAGAGAUGAUUUGACGGAUGCAGAAAGGCUGAUGGCACAGCACCGUGUUGCGCAAAUCGCCAUACACGAAUUUGGCCACUCUGCGUGGCAGUUGGUGGCCGACAAGAGAGGGAUGAGAAAUAAAAUGCGUUCAAUAGAGCCAAAUUUUGCUCCAGAAACUGUCAUGGAACUAGGUUUCUCAUUUGUACAAAGUGUCUUCGGGGGUGAGGCUGAACAUGCCCACGGUCCCGCUUAUCACCGAGGAGGACCUGGACUUGCCGGUUACGCCGUGUUCAAACAGUCUUACUUCGAAAGAGAACAUGCAAGGCGUAUCGAUAGGGCGAAUAGAGAGGCUCCGGACACAACCAUGGCUUCAAGUUCCAUCACUGAGCCGGUCCAGUCCAAGCCCAGCUUCGACACUUAUCCAGUUCCUUUUUCUUGGGUGAAGAGUCUUUUUCAGCCUGCUACCUGGAAUGUAGUCAUGAAAAAUCUCGGCACUGCGUCGCACAUGGGACCUUGUACCGUGGGGACAAGAAUCUUUCCUAUGUUCGGACAGACACCAGACUGGUAUACUUAUUUGACAUCUGAAAAUCCAAAUCAAGUCGCAGCAGCACUCGGACUGAUGAAGGUGGAUCCUCAGUUAGGUAAGAUGUAUGGACUGGAUCGUGUUAAACAAGUCGAGGAGAUAUACAGUAGACUUGGCAUGUCGGCUAGUGCCAGAAGCCAAUUGAGAGCGAGCCAAGCCUCGUCGGAGCCAACUCUAGGGCAAAGACAAGCGAUGAUCACUGCCAACAAGUGGGACACACUACCAGACGAAGAAGAAAUUCCCCUUGAAGAUUGGAAGUGCCCAAGGUAUCAGGAGAUCUUUGCUUAUCUAUGCUCCAAUCGAGCUCCAUUGGAAUUGGCGCUUGAUACUAUGACCAUAUUGCCAUUCACAGUAUUUUACAGAUACAUUCGAGACCGAGGCGGCAUCACUCUCAGUGCAAUGGAGCUGUGGAAUUUCCUCGGCCUGGCAUCAAAAAGAGAAGAGUUAUUCUUAUUCAUGCCGUACCCAGGGCCUGGUCUUGUAAUUCGACUUGAAGUUGGUUGGCCGCCUGGUGAUCCUUUCGCGUUCGCGAAGAUACCCGAGCCUACCUUUGUUCCCACGGCGGAAUCUAAAAACACCAUCAUGGAAAUCGUACGCAGGUCAGACUUCCCUAAAGCUAUCUUUGGACGGCUAGAUGCCAGAUCGAUGCAGGAUAUAGACUUUGAGACUUUGAGGCGACUCGUUACCGGCGGGGGAUAUAAAAUACGACCAGUGCCGUUCAAAGCUACUAUUAUUCAAUGUGUAAGAGAGGUUUGGGAUUUCAACACCGAAUUCACAUUGGGUCCGGAGGGCAUUGUACGACUCACACAUGAUCUGAGAACAGUGGUUGCUCAAGAAGGCGGACCUAUCCUUGCCGCACAGCUGGCUGAUAUUGAGGCAAAGAAGAAUAAGAUUAACUCUGAAUGGCGAAGGAAGCAGCUUCAAGGCAUAUGAUUAUGAACGUAUGACUAGAUGGCAGUAGGAUAAAGGUAUCCUUGGUUUCUCAGCAUCCGGACAGAAUAUGCGCGCUCAAGGCACUCAAGGAAUUGACUUCAAACCCGACAGAAAACUAUCAAAGAAGACGACUUGUACGCAAUACACAAAGAAGUGGAGCUUGAGAAAGACAGUCCGGGAUGAAAAUCGACAGCAAUGGAGAAGAUGUAAUAAAGUAGAACCAGAGGGAAUAAUGGUGAGCACUAACUCUGGAGUUCGGGUGCUCGACGUCCGGGCAGUAUGACUCGGUAAAG